AUGCCAGCCAUGUUCCCCGUCACCAAGUCGCUGACCCUGUACAAGGAUUUCAACAAGGAUGCGAAGGACAUGCUGACAAAGAACUACACCGAGUCGCGGAAGUGGAAGUUGGAGAGCAAGUUUAAGGGCCCAAAGGACAGGCUCUUCGUCAACCCCUCCGCGACGUCUGACGGCAAGUUCAGCGUGGAUGUGGAGUACGUUGCCGGCCAGUGCGACCUUGGGGUGAAGGCGACGCUGCAUCCCGAUAUCAACAAUGCCGGGCUGAAGGUGACGUACCCCUACAAGGGCCACAAGGUGGAGGCGUCGGUGAAGAAGAACGGCGAGUACGAGGUGUCGCACGAGUUUGUUCUGGGCGGGCACAUGUCGUCGCACGCGAGGCUGGUGAAGAAUGCGGUGGAGAUGAGUCUCGUUGCGGCCGUGGCGUCCCAGUGCCAGGUUGGGUGCGGCGUGACUUAUCAGCUGGACGGGAAGCAGGGCUGCGAGUGGACGGCCGCCUACCGCUACGCCGAGGCUGGCCGUGUGGUGACUGUCCGCACGAACAAGCUGCGCACGUACACGGCCAGCAUCGUGUCGCCCAUGCCGACGGUCCCGCACCCUGUGGUGGUUGGCGCAGAGGUGGUGUGCGGCCACGGACAGGGCUGGACGGGGACGUUGGGCCUCGAGACGGCCUGUGUACUCUUCAAGGGCAACGCCUUGAAGGCGCGCGUGAACAAGAACAAGGAGUGGGCGGUCGCCUACAUUGCGAAGCUCGCCGACAACUGGACGGCGGCCGUCACGGUUGACAAGAACCUGAAGCCCGGCGUUCUUUUGACGCACUCGUAG